AUGCUGCAUUUACCCAAAGCUCUCCGAACCUGUCCUUCAUUUGCACAGAGACGAUGUUUGGCGACGGCCUCCUCAUUUGCCACCCCGUCGGGCAGUAAAUUUAAACAAACACUCGACAAUGGGCCUAGUUUGGAUGACUUCAUCUCUGGCGACGUGCCUGAGCGUAUAGUGCUUGGAAACACAAAAGGACCUCGUCUGCCGUCCUACCUGAAGACUUCGAUUCCCUCCGGCGAGUCAUUUAAUAAGAUAAAAAAAGAUCUACGAGGGCUCGACCUACACACCGUAUGUGAAGAAGCAAGAUGUCCAAACAUCGGGGAUUGCUGGGGAGGAGGGAAGAGCGCGGAUGGCAGGAACACUGCAACUGCUACCAUAAUGCUCAUGGGAGAUACCUGUACUCGUGGGUGUAGAUUCUGUUCUGUGAAGACCUCGCGCACUCCUCCUCCUUUGGACCCCCACGAGCCGGAGAAUACGGCAGAAGCUAUUUCUCGAUGGGGCUUGGGUUACAUCGUUUUAACGACUGUGGACCGUGACGAUUUGGUAGACGGGGGUGCCCAUCAUUUUGCAGAGACAAUAAAGAAAAUCAAGCAAAAGGCGCCACACAUCCUUGUUGAGGCAUUAACUGGCGAUUUCGCCGGCUCGUUGGAACACGUCUCCUUGCUUGCCAAAUCUGGUCUUGACGUAUAUGCGCACAACGUGGAAACAGUAGAAGAGCUGACGCCGUAUGUCCGUGAUAGAAGAGCCACCUUUCGGCAAAGCUUGAAGGUUCUCGAGCACGCCAAAAAGGAGGGCGUACAGGUAACAAAGACCAGCAUCAUGCUUGGCCUUGGAGAAACUAAUGAUCAAAUACUCUCUACUCUGAAAGAACUGCGCGCCGUGAAUGUCGAUGUGGUUACAUUUGGACAAUAUAUGCGUCCCACGAAACGCCACAUGAAAGUUGAUCGCUAUGUGGAACCAACGGAAUUUGAUCACUGGAAAAAAGUUGCCGAAGAUAUGGGUUUCCUUUACGUCGCCAGCGGGCCUCUCGUUCGCAGCAGCUACAAGGCUGGUGAAUUUUAUAUUGAGAAUGUUUUGAGAAAGAAGAAACAGACACAGUCUAUUCCAUCUCUGGAAACUGAAUCGACACAGACAACUUCAAGUCGAGAGCCAAUCGUCUAA